GUCAGCAUUGAGCUCGUCGAGCUGUAGCAUCGACCACACGUUCAACGAUAUCGCCGUCUCGAAACGUUUUGGUAGCUCAUUUUCACAACACUAGUUCUCGUUAUACAUUCAUGGGCUAGACGUGCACAUUUAAUUAUCCAACGGAUAACAGUUUGCUGCUACGGAGUUGGUGUUUAUGCUCUUUGCUUCAUGCGAUCUGUACAGUCGGGACAUGAACAUGUAACGUUAGCUGUCUGUUACAUACGAGGUAGGUUAACGUUAGCUUCUAGCUACUCGGGCCCGGCUGUAUGUGAGCACAAAGGCCGUGGACACCGCCUCCCUUUUUAACUAUGUAUCCUUCCUGGGGUAAUUACGGGGCAUCCCAGUCACAAAACUUUGGAGGGGCCGGAGCCCACAGGCCGCCCAGUGGCGGCCAGGCACCUGGGUUCGGCGGCUUCGACGCCCCUUCGGGCGGCUCGAUGUUCUCCAGUCUCCAGGAGCAGCACCGACAGCAGAUGCAGCAGCUGCAGAUGCUGCACCAGAAGCAGCUCCAGUCCGUGUUACACCACGGGAAUAGUGCGAAUGCGUACGGGGGCGGACAGUCGGGUGGAUAUCAAGGAUCAACGUGGCAUUCAGACGGAGCAGGACAUCCAGACAGCGGUGCUGGUUCUCAGUCGUACUUUCAAAAAGACGAGACUCCUACCCAGUCGGCAAGAGGUCCAUCUGCUCCUCAGCAGGGUCACUCACAGCCUCCUCCCCCUCCAACUCAACCGCACCCCAACGACCCCCAACCUGUUCCUCCUCCGGAGCCACCGUCAUCCAAACCACCAGAGAACAUCGGUGCUCUCAAAUCCCAAGAGGCCAACAAGCAAGAUGCAUCCAAGGCAGAGGAAGACAAGUCCUUACCUUUGCAGGAGCAACAGCAACGAUGGUAUAAACAACAUCUUCAAAAUCUACAAAAGUUGAAGCAAGAGAAAGCCAAACUUAGUCAGAAAGAGGGUGAUGGUCCUUUGCCACCACCACCCUCUGGCCCAGCGGUUCCUUUGCCUCCAUCAGAACAACAAAAAGGCGCACCUCCCCCACCCCCUCCAAAAGAGGAGCCCCCAGCACCACCUCCACCACCUGACGAGACAACACCUGAUGUCCCACAAGACCCAGAGGAGGCUGCCCUACAGCAGUUACAGGCUGCAGCAGCGCAGUGGCAAAAGGUGCAGCAACAGAGAGCAGGCUUACAAUACCAGGCUCUCAUGCAACAACACGAAAAGCUUCAGCAGAUCCUGGAAAAAUACCAACAGCUAAUUCAGCAACCUACAAAUCUUCAGACAAUGUCUGGAAUGCAGCUGAGGCACUAUGAAAUGCAACAGCAGCAGUUCACCCCUUUGUUCCAAGACUGGGAUCACUCUUUCGUCCUGUGGUAUGAGCAGUUCAAGACCUAUCCCCACAAAGACCAAUUGCAGGACUAUGAGCGUCAAUGGAAGCAAUGGCAGGAGCAGAUGAAUGCCACCAAUGCCCACCUUCAAGAAAGGGUGGCCACUCUCACUGCCAUGGUACCAUUAGCCUCAAGCCAGUAUAAUAGUGGUAUGAUGGGACAAUUUGGCCAGUACCCUGGACAAGACAUGCAGCAGCAGCCAGCAAAGCCAGCUAUGCAGCAUUCCCCACUUGGUGUUGGACCCAACGUUCAAGGUCCACGGCCCGCUGGCUUUGGGACACAUUCGGAAUCACCUGCUGGACCCCCUUUGAGAGGAGCGGCCCCUGCUAGCAUAGGAGUCAGACCCCAAGGUCCCCCCACCAGUCAGCUACCAAGCAUCAACAGCGUCGGAGGUCCACGUCAUGUUGGUCCCAGCGGAAGCAACCCUAGAUUUGACCAGCCACAGCAGCGCUUCGAUGGUCCUCCAAGAUUUGACCAGCCACAGCAGCGCUUCGAUGGUCCUCCAAGAUUUGAACAGCCACAGCAGCGCUUCGAUGGUCCUCCAAGGUUCGACAAACCACAGCAGCGUUUCGAUGGUCCCCCAAGGUUCGACAAACCACAGCAGCGCUUCGAUGGUCCCCCGAGGUUUGACCAACCACAACAGCGCUUUGCCGGUCCCCAAAGGUUCGACAAACCACAGCAGCGCUUUGAGGCCCCCCCUCGAUUUGACCAACCGAGGCAGCGCUUUGAUGGUCCCCCUCGAUUUGACCAACCAAGGCAGCGCUUUGAUGGUCCCCCUCGAUUUGACCAUCCAAGGCAGCGCUUUGAUGGUCCUCCCAGAUUUGACCAACCUCGAUUUGGACAGCAGCCUAGAUUUGAGCAGCCCAAGGCUCUCUGGCCCCCCACCUCUUUUGAACGUCCAGUUGUACCUCAGCAAAAACAGCAGCAAUGUACCCAAGCUAAGGCCCAAACAGCUAAACAACCAGCCAGUAUGGAUUGCAAGACUUCUGGAAAGUCGACUGGGCCACAGUCAGAAAAAGAAAAAGUUGAAUCAAAACCAGCUAAUAAGGCCAAUGCUGAUGAUUUGACAGAUGACAGUUUGCUUGCAACAGAGGGCUUUUUUGUCCAAAAUGACCCCAUUCCUCAGACAUUACAAACAAACUCAAACCCUGAGAAAUCAGAUGACAAUAAUGCUUCAAACAAUGACCACAAAAUAAAACCUGGAAGUAGUAACCUUUCUGUAACUGCUCCUUCUAAUGUGGCUUCAAAAAGUACUGCUAUACAAAAUCCACUUAAACCAGAUGGGCCAAUGACAAACAAUAAACCCCCACUUGUUCCAAAGCCCCCUGGAAUCCAACAGGAGCCGCAAGCUUCUGGCCAUAUGCAGUCAAGACCAGAUCCUCCAAGGCUUUCCCCAGGGAGGGGACGUGGUCAGCCCCCAGUACCUGUCCAAGUGCAUGGACGAGGACGUGGGCAGAGAGGCCCUGGAGAGUUCAGGGGACCGAACACUGUACCACUUGGGGAUAAUAUGGGAGAAACGUCUUAUGACUACAUGCCAUCUGAAGAGAAUGUGGAGGUACCUGAAGAGCAAGAAGAAUAUCACUGGCAAGAUCCUUCAUACGGGCAGUGUGAUGGUGAGGAAUUGGAGGAGCCCCUUGAAGAAAUGUGGAUGUCAGGCGGACAUCACUUCUCAACAGAUGAAGAGUAUUAUGAAGAGCAAAUAGGAGGACUCCACAUGGGCAGAGGAGGCCCAACUAUGGGCAGAGGAGGGCCUCAUAUGGGCAGAGGAGGCCCGUCUAUGGGCAGAGGAGGCCCGUCUAUGGGCAGAGGGGGACCGCCAAUGGGCAGAGGGGGACCGCCGAUGGGCAGAGGGGGACCGCCGAUGGGCAGAGGGGGACCGCCGAUGGGGAGAGGGGGACCGCCAAUGGGGAGAGGGGGACCGCCAAUGGGGAGAGGGGGACCAUCCAUGGGGAGAGGGGGACCAUCCAUGGGAAGAGGAGGACCAAUGGACAGGCACUGGGAAGAACCUGAGUCAGCAGAGUACUCAGAGGAAGGGGAUCCUUACUGGGGAGAAAUGAGACCUCCAAUGAGAGGCAUGCGACCCCCGUUUCCACCUGGCCGGGGUCGUCCCCCACGUGGUCAUCCUGGCUUUAUGCACCAAGGACGAGGGCGCCCACCUCACCCAACACAUGGGCCAAUGGAUCAUGAACCAUUAGGCCAUAGAAUGGAAAUUGAUGAUACUGAAAUGGAUUCAAUGCACCAUGGACAUGAUCCUCAAAGCCAUCCGAUGCAUUCUGACGUAGGUAGAGGCAGACGUCAUGGGCCAACACCUCACGAAAGGAUGGAUCCUAUGGAAGACCCAUUGUACAAUGAAGGCAUUGAGUUAGGGUGGCAACAGCCACAUGGCAGAGGCCCUCCUAUGCCUCCGCAUGAGAUGAUCGAUUCAGGAGGAAUGAGGAGGAGACCUAUGGGUCGAGGAAUGGCAGGAAGAGGCAUGUGGCGGCCAGGUGCAACACAUGAGGAAUAUGAAGAGCGACAUAAAGAGGGUUUUGUGGAGGAUUACGGUCAUGGGGAACAUGGUUAUCAAUGGCGGCCACCACAGAACUAUCCUUCCAAUGACUAUGGGCAUGAAUCCAAGUACCAUGAGUCGGAAUGGGAUGGAGACCGUGCUCCUCCUGAGAGGGACUAUCCCCCUCGCAUGCCACCUCCAGAGCCUUACAGAGAUGGCCAUUGGCCAGAGGAAAGAGAAAGAGGGAAGCCAUAUCCAUAUGGUGAACAUGAUAGGGGAAGAGGAGAAGUUAGAAUUCGUGAGUAUGGGGCUGAGCCACCGUACCGGCAGGAAGAAACAUCAUACCCACCAGCCACAGCGCCUUCAGAAUGGGAUAGGCCUUCAAGGCUUCCUCCACCAACUGAGAGAGGGUAUCCUGCUGACUAUGAGGAUCGCAGAGGUCGUUAUGAAGAGCACAGGGAAGAACCUCAUUUGGAUUUACGUCCACCUUCAUCUCCUGCUUCAGCUGUCACAAACUUGCCAGAGAGCUCAGUUGAUCCGGCGUCACAAGGAACAAGUGGAGCAAAUGUACUUGCUCUCUCCCAACGUCAGCAUGAGAUCAUCUUGAAAGCUGCUCAGGAGCUUAAACUUAUUAGGGAGUUGCAGGAGGGCAAGACACCUGGUACUGAACCUCAGCCUGUAUCAACUGACAUCCUGUCUGAGCUUCCUGCUGGUCUUCUUGGUUUGGAGAUCCCACCAGACGUCAGGAAUGUUCUCAAGGGCAUGACUGCAGCAGCACAGACAUCUGUAACUAAACCUGUUUCUUGGGAUACAAAGCCUGCUGCCACAGAUUACCAGACAUCUCUCUCCAAACCUUCGAUGAUUCCAAAGACUGUGGAUUAUGGGCAUGGGCACGAGCCUGGAGCCACUGUUGAGCGGAUCGCUUAUGGUGAGAGAAUUGUGUUGAGGCCUGACCCAGUACUAUUAGACAGGGGCUAUGAAAAAGAACCUCUUGGUCCCAGAGAUCCUUACAGUCGAGACCCAUAUUUUGAUAGACGAUCGGACCCUUAUAUGGAUCGUCGCGACUACAGCCGAGAGCGGGAAUCAUAUAGAGAAAAGCUGCCAUCUGAAUAUGAAAGAGACCGAUAUGAGAGGGAGCGAUAUCCCCCACGAGAGAGAGAUGACAGAUCUCCACUGGCGCCUCCUCCACGAUCGGCAUACAGGGAGAGAGAGCGGGAUCUUCGAGACCGGGAGAGAAGUGACAGUCGUGAUCGAGAAGAACAUUACGGAAGGCCGGGCUAUGACAGACCUCCAUACGAGCGCACCGGGCUCGAUCGCAGUGGGCCUGAGCGUUACGGCCAUGGCUCCUCACCUUACGUAGAAAGAAGAAGUUAUCCAGAAGACAGAGGACCUCCGACUGCACCGCCCCUCCCACCUCCACCUCAGCCACCCCCACGAGUCGAGAGGAAGCCGGAAAUCAAGAAUAUUGACGAUAUCCUCAAACCACCUGGCAGAUCAUCUCGCCCUGAAAGGAUUGUCAUCAUAAUGAGAGGGCUUCCAGGAAGCGGAAAAAGUCAUGUUGCAAAGCUCAUACGGGAUAAGGAAGUCGAUUGUGGCGGUGCACCUCCAAGAGUUCUUGUUUUGGACGAUUAUUUCAUGACAGAGGUUGAGAAAGUACAAAAAGAUCCAGACACGGGGAGAAGGGUCAAGAACAAGAUUCUUGAGUACGAGUAUGAGCCAGAGAUGGAAGAUACUUACCGGAACAGCAUGCUUAAAACAUUUAAGAAAACUCUGGAUGACGGCUUUUUCCCCUUCAUCAUUUUAGACACUAUUAAUGAUAGGGUUAAACAUUUUGAUCAGUUCUGGAGCGCAGCCAAAACGAAAGGCUUUGAGGUGUAUCUGGCUGAAAUCACUGCAGACACUCAGACAUGUUCAAAGAGAAAUGUCCAUGGGCGCACUCUUAAGGAUAUAUUGAAGAUGUCCAACAACUGGGAGUCUUCACCACGUCAUAUGGUGCGCUUGGAUGUCCGGUCCCUGCUUCAGGAUGCUGCUAUAGAAGAGGUUGAAAUGGAAGACUUCAACCCUGAUGACGAGCCCAAGGAGCUGAAGAGGGAGGAGGAAGAAGAGGGUGAUCUGGGCUACAUUCCAAAAAGCAAAUGGGAGAUGGACACGUCCGAGGCGAAACUUGACAAGUUGGAUGGUCUGGGGAGCGGUGGGAAGAGGAAACGUGAAGACACGGAGCACAUGGAGGACUACCUUCAGCUGCCAGACGACUAUGCCACGCGCAUGUCGGAACCCGGAAAGAAACGGGUCCGUUGGGCUGAUCUCGAAGAGCAGAAGGAAGCCGAUCGAAAGCGUGCGAUCGGCUUCGUGGUGGGUCAAACGGACUGGGAGAGAAUAACGGAUGAGAGCGGACAGCUGGCGCAAAGAGCUCUCAACCGGACCAAGUAUUUCUAAGAAGAUAAUCGUAUCCCUCUUUUGCCCCUUCAUUGAAAGGUUUCCAGAAUGUGAAAACACUGUCGCUUACUUGUGGUGAAACAAGAGACUCAUCCAUAUCACCAAUGGUUAUCAAAUUCGUAGUUAUUUUAUUACGGAUGCAGUAUAGUUUUUUUUUCUUCUCAUUUUUAAACCGGCACGCAGAUCAAUUUGUAGUUUAUAACUCUGUGCUUCUUCUGGUCAUGUAUUCUGUAUUCAGACCUGAUUUUUGCUGUUUUAUACUUGUCGUGCUUUCUGUACCGUUUACCUGUAGCAAUGUUUUUUUGAUCUGUGUAUACUUGAAAAAAACACAAUAAAACUUUCACCAAAUCACCAA